AUGGCACCACAGCUAGUCGACAAGGUCUACUUGCCAGAUCUCGAGCCCUGCCUGAAGGGCGAAAUUACUGUGCUCUCAUGGAGGCUCGUCGCAUCCGCCCUUGCAGACACCACCGGACAUCGUCAAGGCAGUCAAGCCAUCGUUGACUUCCUCACCAACCCGGCUGUUCAAGCAUUCUUUACCAAGCCCGGUACCGUCUUCGAGACCGUAAACAACGCCAAUGACCCGCACAAGCAAGCUUUCGAAACGCGGACCUCUGCCGUGCAGGUCACGCCCGCGCCCAGCGACAAAUAUGAUAUCAAGACAAUCAAGGAUGACUCGACUUGGUUGAGCAAGAAUGCACGCAUCAAUCUUCUUGCAGCUCUGCGGAUUGUUGUGAUCGAAUUCCAGUCGCGUCCCCGAAGUCAACUCACCGGCCCAAUUUCGACUCAAGAUGUCGCCAACCUACAAGAAGCCGCUGGUGCAACAAAUGCCCAGGCUUCCAACAUUCUGCCAGGUCUCAAUCUUGCUGCCACCCGGGAUGCUGUUGAGCUCCAAUCCGACUUUGAGAGGGAUGAUGCUCGCAGACGCCGUAUCUUUAAGACAUACCUGGCUGAGCGUCGGUAUUUUGCCAUGACAACGGAUCACCUAUUCACAUUGAUGCUGCACGAACAGCUACCUUCAUGCUCUGCGAAUGACGCGACAAGAAGGAUUAGGGACUCUUUCUUGGAGGCAUACGGUCUGACGUCGCAAACGCCGUCAGCCGAAGGGCCUGCAAAAACCUAUCACGCAUUGAUAGCUCAAUACUUUACUUUGACGUCUGACAAUAUCAAGGCCUGUGAGGACAUCACCUCCACUGCGGAGGAUCAGAACCUCCAUGAUGACGAGAUGCAAAUAGAAUGGAUGAAGACCUUUCUCACCGAAGCCAUUCAUGCCAUGACUGUUUCUUUCCAGCUAUUGGAUCUCUGCAGUCAGGUUCUGGUCUCCCCCGAGCUGUUGAAGCAGUGGUUCCAGUUUAUCGGCGAUACCUCGUUCCUUGAUGUACUCGGAACAGUCGAGGGAAUUGCUCAACUCAUACCACCAGUACAGUGCCUUGUCUGCGUCAUCUCGCUCACGCUACUCAACCUUCCACGAGUGAUGGGCCACUUUUCUGGUGAGCAGGAAGUUGAUAGCAGUAUAGAGUAUCUCGGAUAUUCAGAUGCUCUCCUCAUGGUGCAUGAGGUCAUCAUCAAUGCAGUAGAUCGAAAUGUUGCCUCUGCACUGCCAGUGGCGUUAGCCUGGGUACCAGUCUUGCACAGCAUGUACUCCUCAUAUCAACAGCGCGCUGAACAGCGAGAUGCAAUUCAAAACCAGAAAGCCAUUGAGUCGUAUGACUCGGGGACACAGAUGAUUCCAGGCGCUGGCAGAAGGAACUCAGCCGGUAGCAUUACAACUAUUGACAAGACUGGAUACGACGAUUUCCUUGCCAUGACAUCUAUGGAACGGGAUAUCCAACCUGCUCUCUUGCUCGGGGCGGCUGCUACCGGCGAUGGUUUGGUGUAUGAAAUAGUUUCCGAAAUGGCUCGAUGUCUAGGUUCUUCCGAGACUGCUAUCUUUGCAUCUUCAGUUGGGUCGCGGAUGCGAAUGUCACUCAUAAGCCUGCUCAAGUGCACCCACAGCUUUAUCGGUUACAAAGGGGAGCCGAUCAUGGCUUUACUAGCCCUGCUAUCCGGAGGUGAUGGUUACUGGCAGUUGACGACGCCAAGCAUUCUGCUGCCCAAGGACGAUAUCAUCCUACGAACGCUCGGUGACGAAUUUACUCUCGAGAACUUUCUACUUCAAGCCUUGCAGCGUUUUCCAUACGAGUUUCUACCAUUCAUUAGUUUCUGUCGACAAUUGGCCUCGACGACGCACUCCACGGGCGAAAAUCACGAUGCUGUACUCAAACUUCUCAAGAAAACACCGCAUAUUACUUUCGAGCUGCCGAACGACUUUAACGAGUAUGAGCUAGCUCAAGAGGAUGAAGGCUUGAACGCGAUGCGAUUCCUCGACGACUUUCCCCUCUUUGAGAUAACUUCAAGCCGUAAACGCGUUUCCGCAGAGGAAGAUUCCUUUGUCAUACCGGCCGGCACAUAUGGUCGCUUCAUGAGCGAUUCGGGCAGAAUUGUGUUGAUGGAAUAUGAGCAUUCUACUUUGGCUCUGCUCGGUAAACGCCUGGCAGUGAAUCUAUCGCCAAGCAUCUAUCGACUCGAACUCGGAGUAUUGAGUGAUGAAGAGGUUGCAGAGAUCAUCUCUCUCUUUGCAACUUUAAUCCGUGUUGAGACUACCAAAGCGUCCAGAAAUUCAGACAAGGAACAUGCCACUGUGCCUGGAUUGGCGAUUGUAGCUGAAGCCAGCAGCGCUCUCAAGCGGACUAAGGAUAUCAUCUCUGUGGUUUGCGACAUUCUCGAUGUCUACCUCGAGAAUGAACCCGAUAGCGCCAUGCUGUCUAUCGUCACUGCAUGUCUUCAAUUCCUCCAUGCUAUCGUGCCACUACAGCCAGGUCGGGUUUGGUCGUAUAUUGGUCGCUGUGCGUUGUUGAGUAAUGAGUCGCGCGGCGGACGUCUUUCGCGACUAACCGGAACCUUGGAACUUUCCAGUGAGCAGUACAACUUCCUGAUCACUGCAACAAGGCUAUUUAAUACCCUCGUGGAUAGCGCCAUGAGCAGUUCAGUCCAAAGGAAAACACCCAGCAAGGCCAACACUAGGCAGCAAGGCUUUGAAAAUGUAUGGCUGGGAGUCUCGGAUAAGCUGAUCACUCAAGUCACAUUUGCGAUAUCUCAAGCUUCUGUCGACAUGUUGGAAAGCUCUUCGACAUGGCGGUUCUCGUCUGAACUACAACGCACAGUACUCAUACGGGAUCUGAUCCCUAUACUGAACAAGUUCAUUCUUCACACAUAUAGCAUGGGCGAAUUGACUAGCAAGAAGAAGCUGACCGCCCCCCUGGAGAUGGCCGCAAAGUAUAUAAUUGACAGUUUCCUGGCGCCUUCGUCAGGAAGCUUGCGUAUUCAGCCACUGCUGGCCACUUUGGCGGUAGCUGUUCACUGGCCAGGGACGACGGUCUAUGCAAACGGACUGAAGGCCCUCAGUGACCGGACCAUUGCUGUCCUGCAACUGGCCACAACCUUGGUCAGAGUUGCAAACCUCUUUGACCAAUCAUCAACUACUAUAGAGCUGCAACUCUUCAAAGCUAGUCCGUUCAUCGCGCGCGUUUGUGCUGCCCACGAAGGGUUCAGGGGUCCAACUAUUUCGCUUUUGGAAGCACUUGUCGUCAGUGCUGGAGAAGCUACAGGAGAGCCUCCAUCACUACUUGGAUAUCUGGGACCACAAACCUCAAGGUCAUUUUUGCAACUGCUUUCAUCGCUAGACAAACCUUUCAACCAGACAGCAGAAGUAAGCAUCGUUUGGCGGUUCUUCUCGACUAUUGUUCGAAACAGACAACAAUGGAUGGCCAAUUGUCUUCUCACGGGCAAAACACCGCGCGAUGCAAGAAACGGUCAUGACAAGGCCUCUCAGCCAUCAGCAAACUCUGUUCUACUUUCUGCCCUGGACCGACUCUCAUCCAUCUCUUCCAUACCCCCGGCUGAAGCACUAUCGAUACUGGACUUCAUCACAUCGGCCCAGAAUUACUGGCCCUGGACGAUCUUCAACAUGCAAAAGAACACGGCCUUUAUGACAGCCCUACGGAAAUACGUAAAGGACCUCAAGUCUUCAAACGUAAUCUCCAAAGCAAAUAUGCUUCAAGCCUGCGACGAAGCCCGUCUGGCUGCCUACAUUGCCGAGACUUUUGCUAUGCAGCUAUUUCACCUCCGUCAAAUGGGCCAGGCCGACGGCUUGGCGAAAGACCUCGCACAAGAUCUGGAUUACUUCCUUAGAGAAGGCGUAUUGGUCUCGGGCUACAACGACUCUUUGCAUGCCAAUUUUGCUAGGAACUUUGACAACAAGUAUACAGGUUGCAGCCUCAGCGAGUUUAAAAGAACGCUACUAGAACCUCGUUCGUUGGGCAACGAAUACUAUUACGCUCUCAAUUAUGCCGAUACCAUGUUGAAAUUCGACAAUGGAUGGUCUGGGGUUCGAGGAAAUGGAUUCAAGAGCGAAAUGGAAAAGGCAAAUGCGAAUCUCUCUCUCGUAGACGCCCAAAUUGCUCUAUUCCAUGCAUGGGAAUUCCUUCUGCUAGAGCUUAGUCACUGUCUCCCCAAUAGCGACGCCCUCAAGAAGCAAACUCUGCAAGUUGCUGAGCAGUGUCUGGAGGCCAACGAGGCGACCCAGGGACAUGAACAAAUCUUUGAGAGACUGACCGAGUCCCGGGUGAACCUUGCACUAUUGCUCGUACAGCGGGUCGCUGACAAUACGCCGUCCGCUGCAGACGUAGCGCAACUGCUGAAUGCUUUGUGGUCAACAGUCAGCAUCAUCAAAGAACCAUAUCAGUCGGAGAGCAUCUCGCUGUAUCGGACACUUCUCAAGCUCCUAUACGUGACUUUGCGGGCGCAAGUCAAGGCAUCUGAUGCAAAAUUGACAAAAAGCGUUGCUCAAAAGCGGGCUGUCAAUGACUCAUCAUCAAAUGUCUCACAGACGGUGUUGGGAAUUCUGGACGGUGUCGUAGCAAAGGGCUUCCGCACUUUGGUCUCACUGAUCCAUGAUUCUGAUGCUUCCGUCUAUCCAGAAGACAUUGCCAUUCUCAAUGCUAUUCUGCAGGCUUGUCUUUGCGUUCCUGGCAUUAGCCAGAAUCAGACACAGAUUGUCAAUAUCAUGGCUGCCCAUGACGCCGUGCACGUUGCCGUCUCAUUGUUCUCCUGGGCUGAUAAGCUGGCAGAGAAGGGCGAUCCAGUCUAUGGUGAACUAUCACUGCUUUUCUUGCUUGAAUUGUCAGCGUUACCCGUUGUUGCAGAGCAACUUGCGUGUGAUGGGCUCUUGAACAACUUGACCUCGGCAUCUCUGGCAAACUACCUCAACCGACCGAAUGUGUCGCCGUUUGCAGACUCUGUAGGUCCGCAGCGGUGCUACAGUAUUUGGGCCAAGGGCGUCGUACCACUGCUCCUCAAUGUGUUGACAGCAUUGGGCCCGACAAUUGCGCCCGAGGUAGCCUAUGUUUUGAAUCAGUUCCCGAACUUGACGGCCGCCAGCAUAGAGCGCUUUGAAGCGCCGGGAGUAAGCCGUACACAGACAGAUCGUAGUAAGUCGUCGUACAUAACGCUUCUCGCCGUUUCAGAGAUACACGAUCUGGCCCUGCUCACGCGGGUUCUUGGCGCUUUACGUGCAAACAAUGUCCGGGACAUUCCCGAGGUGGAAUGGGAUGCGGCUAGCGCCCUGGAGAAUGUGGAAUUCUGGCUCGGAAGUCGCAAGAUUCUUAGAGAGAGAUUAGUACCGCUCGGCCAGAGAGAGAUUGAGUGGAAAGGCAGCAAACCGACGGAAAGCGGCAAGGCCCGAGGAUAUGAGAGCCGUUUGGAAGAAAAGGUUGUCGAGCAGUUGGAAGGUGUAAGAGCAGUACUCGGUGAAGAGCUCGAGUAA